UAGAAAUGGCUCUGGUGAGACUGGGUGCAUUUUUAAAAAAGCACCCAUGGCAAAGUUACAUGAUGUUCUACCUUGCUCUCAUUGUUUUAGAGAAACUUGUCGAGGAAGACUUUGUGUGCCCCUGUAGGCUUGGAUUUACCUGGAUAUUUUUCUCCUUGUACUUGGCGAUGCCCCUGCUUAUUGCAGCUAACUAUGGCGUUUACAUGUGGAAGUCCAGCCUCUGCGCUGAUUCAGGGCAGCAGAGUGACUGUGAAUGCAGCUCUAAAUGCUGUGUGAAUUUUCUGACUUAUACAAUUCCAUCUGUUUUUUGGCUGGUCCUGUUUUUUGGAGAUGGCAGAUACGUGGCCUGUUUGAUAACUCAACUAAACGAAGACCAUGUUGACAGCAGUGAGCUGCCUCCGUGGGAAUGGUGUGACAAGCAACGAAUACUGACCGUUGAUCAGAACCGGGCAAAAGAAGCAUUUUACAUAUCUAAGAUCGUGGUUUUUAGUUUCAUCUCCUUCAUCUUGUUUGUAGCACUGAUUUAUCAGUGUUGUAAGCAGCAGGGCGCUGUGGCCCAGCCUACAAACAGCAGUGCAGCUGUCUCUUCAUCUAUGGCUGCAACUCCGCCUGCUGCAGAGGAUGGCAAUGCCAACAUUUAGCCUUCCACCUUAAACUUCAGCCCAGGAAUAAAAGUUUCUCCACCCCCCAGCAAAUCCACCUCUCAGCCUCCCGACGAAUCCACCGCUUCAGCAUCUUGAAGAAUCCUCUACUCUGCUGUCACCAAGCCUUCGCCUGACUCUGUCACC